GCCAGUAGAGCAAGAAACCACAUCUAUCACCAUCGAAAUCAUCUCACAGAACCUAAGGAGAGAGGGGGGGGGGGACUAGAAGCCUCUAGAACCUUCCGGUCCGGACAAGCAAAAACAAGGAGCAGAGCGAGGAUGGCAAUGGAGCACGUGGCGAGGCUGGCGUCGGAGCGCGCGGUGGUGGUGUUCACGGCGAGCAACUGCAGCAUGGGCGACGUCGUGACGUCGCUGCUGAGCAGCCUGGGCGUGAACGCGGCGGUGCACGACCUGGACAGGGACCCCCGGGGCAUGGAGAUGCAGCGGGAGCUGGCCAGGAGGCUCGGCGCCGGCGCCACCGUGCCGGCGGUGUUCGUGGGCGGCGACCUCGUCGGCGGGACCAGCAGGGUCAUGGCGCUGCACCUCUCCGGCGAGCUCGUGCCCAUGCUCAGGAACGCCGGCGCGCUCUGGUUGUAGGAAUUCAGAGCCCGCGUCCAUGCAAUGCAAGCAUGGCUGGUGACCUUUUUCCAUCAGGUGUGUGUGUACGUACGUGUGAAUAAAAACGACGGUAAGAACAGGGGGAAAAAAUGGGAAACGAUCGAUGUAUAGUAGAAGAGUGUGUGACGGAUGCCAGGUUUUUUGUGUCCUGUGCUCGGAAUGGAAUAAAUAAAAAUGUUGCCUCUUUUCACUCGAAA